GAAGGUGUCAUCCUACGAAUGACAGGUUGUUGUUGUUUUUUUUUUCAUUGUUUAUAAUUUAGAUGAUUUUUAUCUUGUUAAUAAACAAAUGUAUUUUGUUAAAGAUGUGACAAAAAAAUUUAUAAACUUUAAUUAUUAAUUAUUUUCAAAUAAAUUUAAAAAAAAAUAUAAUUCUGUUUAACCUAAAAGUUUGUGUUUUGAUAACAUCAAAUGUCAUAAUUAAAUUGGUAUCUAAAUAAUCAUUAAUAUUUGUUGAAUUAAAAUUAAUUAAUAAUGCCAGCAAUAUUGGAAAGUGAAGAACGAUGCCUUGGUGGAAUGACAUUUUUUGCUCAAAGUCAUCCAACUGAAUUAUGUGGAAGUAAUGGGUUACCAUUAACACCAAAUUCCAUAACAAUUUAUGGUAAAUCACAAUUUUUAAAAACAAUAAAACAUGAAAAUUUAUCAACUUAUUUAGAUAUUGUUAGAAGUAAGCAUGAAAGAAUUGUUGUUGUUGCUGAAUACAGUGGUGAACAAUUAUCGAAUAAGAAAAAUUUAACAACAAAUAAUAUUAUAAAUAUUAUUUAUCAAUGUUUAAAUGGUUUAUCAUAUAUUCAUAAACUUGGAUUGGUACAUCGUCAUUUAAGUCCAGAUAAUAUAUUAAUUAAAAAUAAUGAACAAGUACAAUUAUAUAAUUAUGGAUUUUAUUUUAUGACUGAUUUUGGUAAAAAUGUAACGUUUCCAAUUGGUUAUCCAAAAUAUACAGCACCAGAGGUUUUUUUAUCAUUAAAUAACAAAAUGAGUAGUUGUAAAGUUGAUUCAUGGACAAUAGGUAUUAUUAUUGUUGAAUUAAUAUUAAAUGAAAAAAUAUGGUCAAAUUCAAAAUUACCACAAUGGCUAUGGAAAAAUUUAAGUAUUUUACAAACUAAAACAAGUAUAUUUGAACGUCUUGCACGUGAAUGUGAUAAAUAUGAUAUAUUUAAAAAUACACAAGAUAAUAUCAAAGAACUUAUUAAUUAUUGUUUACAAAUAAAACCAUCAAAAAGAAAAACAGCUGAAGAAUUAUUAAAACUUUCAAUAUUUCAAGAAUUAAAUAAACAAAAUUCACAAUUACAAUCUAAUAUUGAUAAUAAAAAAAGUAUAAUAUCAAGAAAAAUGGAUGAAUUAUAUUAUCUUUGGAAUCUUGCUGGUGGUGAUAUAAUAAUUGAAUUAAAAAAACAAGGUUUAAUUAGAUCAAGACCACCAAUAUUAUCAAUACCAAAUUUAGUUAUAUUAUUAGGACAAAUGUUUGGUCGACGUGAUACUGCUGGUCUUUUAGAUUUACGUGUUGUUAAAGUACAACUUGAUACACUCAAAUCACGUUUAUCACAUAUAUCAUAUAUUGCAAAUUGUCCAAGAUUAACAAGUCAAAUGCAUGUUAAAGAACAAGAUAAUUUAACAGAUAAUGACGCUGAAUUACCAUUAAUAAUACGUGAAAGAGAUACUGAAUAUCAAUUUUACAGAAUUGUAUUAUUUAAUCGUUUAUUACAAAUUUAUCCAUUAACGCGAAAUGCUAUUAUACGUGAAGCACAUAAAGAUAUACCACCACUUGUUAGAGGUGAUGUUUGGUCAGCAUUAUUAAAUAUUAAUGGUGAUAUUUAUAAUCGUUAUGAUGUUAUUGAUAAAGAAACACCAACUCAUACUGAUAGACAAAUUGAAGUUGAUAUACCAAGAUGCCAUCAGUACAGUGAAUUAUUAUCAUCUGGAACUGGCCAUAAAAAAUUACAAAGAAUUUUAAAGGCAUGGGUUAAAGAUAAUUCUCAUUAUGUUUAUUGGCAAGGAUUAGAUUCAUUAACAGCACCAUUUAUUUAUCUUAAUUUUAAUAAUGAAGCAAGAGCAUUUGCUUGUUUAUCAGCAUUUAUACCAAAAUAUUUACAUAAAUUUUUUCUCAAAGAUAAUAGUGCAAUAAUACAAGAAUAUUUAGCUAAAUUUUCACAAAUUAUUGCAUUUCAUGAUCCAUAUUUAGCUAAUCAUUUAAGUUCAAUUAAUUUUGUACCAGAAUUAUUUGCAAUACCAUGGUUUUUAACAAUGUUUUCACAUGUAUUUCCACUUCAUAAAAUUUUACAUCUUUGGGAUAAAUUAUUACUUGGUGAUUCAUCAUUUCCACUGAUGGUUGGUCUUGCUAUUCUAAAACAGCUUAGAGAUUCACUAUUAACCUCUGGAUUCAAUGAAUGUAUAUUAUUAUUCUCAGAUUUACCAGAAAUUGAUAUUGAACUUUGUGUCAAAGAUUCAAUGAUAAUGUAUCAAAAUACACCAUCAAGUAUAACAUACAGAAAAUACCAAUAUGAUCAAUCAAAAUCUGAUGGAUGGAAAGAACCAGAUAUUGGAACUGAAAAAUUAUCAAGAAUAAGUGUUAAUGAUUUUAUAAAUAUAUAUGAAAAUAUUGAUGAAAAACUUGUUAUUGUUGAUAUUAGAGAUAAUAUACAAUUUGAAAGAGGUGCUGUUCCAAAAAGUAUUAAUAUACCAUUUACAAAUGUUCAAUUGUCUCAUAUUGAUAUUGAUAAACUUGGUCCACAAGCUAAAAUAUUACAUGAACAUAAAGGAAAAGUUGUUGUUAUUAUUGGACCACAUGAUCAAACAAAUUCAUUGUUUGCUGAAUUUCUUAUCAAGUGUGGAGUAUCUGGAGUUUGUUCACUACAAGGUGGCAUUUAUGCUUUACGUUCAAAAUGUCCAAAUUUAUUGAUUCCCAUGAGAGAAAACAUUUAUAACAAUUAGAUAUAUAAUUAUCAAAUUUAUAAAAUAUAUAAUAGAUAUAUUAUUUCUUUGUUUAUUUUUAAUAUCGGUAUAUAUGUAAAAAAAAAAAAAAAAAUUAUUGUGUACAUAAUUGUCUUAUUAAAAAAUUAUGAUUGUAAAAAAAAAAAAAAAAUUUAUAUCAUCAAUACCAACAUGAAAAUAAAAAAAAUCAACAUUAAUUACCAUGACAACCAUUUUUCAAAAUAAAUCAAAAUAAUCCAACAAGUAAUAAGUAAAAAGUUGUCUAGUAUAUAAAUAGUAACCUUGAUUGACAAAAAGAAAAAAAAGAAAUUAAUUAUAAUCAAUAAAUUAAAAAAAUAAUAAUGGCUGAAGAAAUAAAUUUACCAUUUCGUAGAUUAAUGAAAAAAUAUUUAAAAGAUAAUUUAAGUGAUUUAAUUGUUGAAAAAUUAGGUGAUAAUAAUGUUGAUGAUCCGGUUUUGAUAGCUGAUGAAAUGCUUAGACAAAAACAAAAAUGUUAAUUUAAAAUUAAUUUAGAUUUAUAUGAUAAUAAUAUUGAUGAAAUAUUAUUGAAUGAUAAUGAUGAUGAUCAUGAAAUUGAUACAAAUGUUAAAAAUAGUUUUGAAUAUUUUGAAAGUAGUAAUGACGAUGAUGAUGAUGAUGAUGAUGUUGGUGAUGAUGAUUGGAAUAAAAGUGAUAUACACUUUAAUAAAAACAUACAUGAGCGUAAUUUUUCAACAAUUUUGGAUAAAAUAUCAAUUGAUAAACCAGUUCAUGUUAGACUUGCAGGUUUUGAGACAUUAUCAAAAAUUGAAUUUAUCAAUAAUUGUAAUAAUGAAACAUUUGAGCUACUUUUAAAAUCACUUAGAGAUGGUAUAUCUGAUGAUAAAAAACCAAUUUUUGAAGCAAGUUUGAAAAUUCAUUCAAAAUAUUCAGACAGUUCACGAUCACAUGAUAUUUAUACAAAUUUAAUAACAUCAUUAAAAAAUGAAUAUAAUAUUAAAAAAAAUUAUGACAAUUUACCAAAUUUAAAUACAGGUGUUAAUUUUAAAAUAUAUUUACAUGAAAAAUUAAUAAGAUUAUUGUAUUUAAUAAUAAUGUAUCAACGUGAAAUAUUAAAAAUAACAAGAAGUACUGACAGAACAAUUGAUGAAAUGAUUGAACAGUUUAUUGAUAUAUUAACAUGGAAAAAUAUAAUAAAUCAAAAUAAUAAAAUAAUGAGUAUAUUAAAUUUAGUAUCAAUUAUUGAUCCACGUGGUAUAUGGUGUAAAAAAUUAAUUCAUAGUAUGACAACAAGAAAAAGUUUGAUGCUUUCAAUAUCAAAAAUACCAAAUAUUAUUGAUAUAAUAUUUAACACUGUUAAAAUUGGUUUAAAAGAUUGUCAUCAAAGUCAAAUUGCAUAUUCAAUAACCGAUGAAACAAUUUAUGUAAGUGGUAAUUGUGGUAAUACAUCAUCUGUUUUUAUAUCUGGUGAAACAGUUGAAACAAUAACAUUUCUUCAUUGUUUAAAUAUUGCAUCACAAAUUUGUAUUUAUUAUCCAAAUAAUAAAACAUCAGAUAUUACAAUUGAUUCAUCAGCAUUAUUAAUACCAUCAACAAAUGAUUUUGCAAUUGAUUUGAUAAAUUUUUUAAAUUCAUUAGCAGUAUCAACUGAAGCAAAAUCAAUAUAUAAUGAAUCAUUUGAAGCAUUAAAAUUAAUGUUACAACA